AUGCAGACGAGGCGCAAAGAGAAGCCCAAAAUAAUAUCCGCGAAGGUCCGAGAGCUCCAGGCACGCCUAUCCCGGUACGAGUCUCAGGUCCAGAAUGGCGGGCAUGUGGAUGCACAGAGAUCGACGGCAAUGGUAGCGUCUGAUCCGACCCAGGUAAGGAACGUGAAUGCAUCGCUGCUUUUCAACGCUCCAGUAGACGCUGAAAGACGACAUUCGGCGGCAUCACCUAUGACCUACACGACAUCAAGAACUGAAGCCCCUCCGCAGCGAAUAGAAACCCAUUUCACCCUUGGAUCAAGCCAGAACUUUGGGAGCCGGAUACAGGAUCUUCUUGAGCGGCAAACAGACCACUCUUCAAUAACGUCAUGCACUCCUCAAGGGCAAGCGCCACGCUUCAGCCCAAGUGGGGAGGGGCUAUUUCCAGAGCGCCGUGCUCCACUCAAGCCACGCCAGGGUCAAGAAAGCAGCCUGAUGAAUAAUCUUCGUCUUCCGUCUGUAAAGGAAGGGUAUCAACUUCUGGAUACAGUUAUUCUAUACCUUGGUGAUGCCCAGCAUUACUUCGAUGCUCGGGACCUCUCAGACCAGCUGAUGGUAUUUUACAGAAAUAACUUCGAUGAGAUCCAGAGAACCAGCUUAUGGUACCUUCAUAUUCUCCUUGUGUUCGCGAUUGGGAAACUUCUAAGAGGGGACUUGGAUGGGACGGCGGGCCCACCAGGCUAUGACCUAUUCAAAGAGGCCUUGAGACUAUUGCCCGGUAUUAGCGAAAUCAGAGCCCAUGGAGUCGCUGGAAUAGAGAUCCUGGCACUAGUAGCGGUUUAUUACCAAAAUAUUGAUCGCAAAGAUGACGCUGCUUCUCAUAUUGGCCUUGCGUUUCGAUUGGCUCUACUGCACAAGCUUUAUCGAAAAUCUACGCUCAAUCAGCUCCAUCCAUCACAGGCAACACAUGCAAACCGUAUCUGGUGGACUGUUCAAAUGCACGAUAAACGCCUCACGAUAGCUACGGGGUGUCCCCUGAGUCUCGAUGAUAAAAUGAUCGCUUCAGGUCUUCCAGCCCCCUCGCCAGGAUAUUGUGACCCAUUGGCAAUUCAGCUAAACAUUAGGAUUGUGCAAAUUCAAAGCCGAAUAUAUUCUGUCAUCUACAGUAAUGAAUCCUGCUCAGAGAACACCUUUUGUGACAGUGUCCGCGACAUCAUGUCCUCACUUACCCAAAUUGCUAAGGAAAUUCCGCAAAUCCCUUCGCGUUCCACCAUAUCUAGCCGGGAUCCAUCGAAACUGGGGAUACGGACAAGCAUUUCUCUCUUUACGAUGCUAUAUCAAGCAAUAAUUCUCACACUGCGACCUGUUCUACUCCACCUUGCCAAAUUAAUAUUCGACCGUCAGACGACCUUCGGCACAAGCAGCAGUGCAUUACAACAUCUUGCCCGGACGUGCAUAGAAGCCGCAAGUAAAAAUUUGGACCUUAUGAGAGUUUUGGUAGACGAGAAAAUCAUUUCUAUAUUCGGCUUUUUCGACCUCGAUGCUAUUUUCUCGGCAUCGUUUAUUCUGCUAUUGGCGAAAAUAAUCAGCUCCGCGGAUGCUAAUGACUCUUGCCGUUUCCCUUUUCUCAACGCCAGUCCUGGGAUCAAAGAAGGCUUUCAACUUCUGGACUACCUGGCGAGCUAUCAGAAUCAUGCUGCUCGUGCACGAAAAAGACAGAUACAGACCUUGCAAGAAUGCAUGCCGUCUUUCAUGCAAGGAUUGGGCUCUGCUGAAAUGGAGAAUCAGGCUGUAAGAACGCCCCAGACUAUAUCAAGCAAUGCCGGGCACGAGGAUAUAACUCGGUCGUAUACCGUCGGCACAGCGGAGGGGGAGUUUAUCCCAGUAACAUUGCCAGUUGAAUUCUCGGAUGAUCCUCACGCGAUAUACUCAUUUUUUCACGAUGAUGUUUUCGAAUUGACAGGAGAGAACCAGGCAGAUCUUGAGGAGGUUCAGCGACACUUUUUGUGGCAGGAGUAG